AUGUUCACUCCUUUUGAUUGUGUGCAGAUUGAUCUAACUCAAGUCAACAAUAUUUUAAUUCCCAUCCCAGAUAUAAGACAUCUACACCGUAAUUUAGUUAAUCAAUUACUUAGCCCAAAACGACUGAAUAUCACUGGAGUCCAUCCAUGCUGUUUCUUUGACAUCACUCAACUACAAAACUCAUAUUCUAUUGCUAAUUUUCAAGACAAGCAGAAUCAAGGACGAGCUGAUUUCUCAAUUUCAGAAAAAUUACUUUCUGAAUUGCGAAAGAAUGAAGAUGCCAUUAGAUUGGUACACAUGUUGGACGCUAUAAGAGAUAUUGUGGAAUCUAUCAGAAACACAGAGUUAAGUCAUUUUGAACGACCCAGACGAGUAGUUUCAGGAGGAUUCUUUAUUUUACUUCAAUACAACAAUACAACUUUGCAACUUUUAACAAAAUCCCAUUUUUGA